GGGGAGGAGGUGAUGGGGGUGACUGUGGGGAGGAGGUGAUGGGGUGACUGGGGAGGAGGUGAUGGGGUGACUGUGGGGAGGAGGUGAUGGGGGUGACUGUGGGGAGGAGCAGCCACAGUGACUCUUCAUGUGUCAGCCAAGCAGAGCAGCUGUGUGGAGUGGAGGAAGGGGCCCAAGACGAUCCAAGAUGGGGGCUUUGACCAGGACAGGACAUCCGGAGCCCUGUGGCCUGCCUGCAGUGGAUCUAGGGUGUCGUCAUGUGUGGGGGGUAGGAGUGGAUCUCAGCCAUGGCUGGGUGCCCUAGGGACAUGAGGCUGCAGAACUCACCCUGGGCCCUGAACCUCUCAGUCACAGCAAGGAGAGGAUUCCAGCCUCAAGCCACCAGUGUUAGCAGAAGGGACAGAACCCUGCAGGCCUGGCCUCUUGUGUCUGUGGAGCUGGGACCCAUGGCCCGGUGUGGCUGGUGGUGUGGUGCGACGUGUGCAGGUGCUCGGGGCCUUGGCCUGGCUUGAUUCUGUCAGGGAAAGCACAUGGGAUAAAGCCGGCCCGGGUGGAGGGCCCGAGCACCUUAGAGGGAAUGCAGGGAAGGACUCUCCCAAGCUCGAGGACUUUCUUGCCCAGGACUCUGGUGGGCUCCCGUCACACCGCAAGGAGGGAUCCCUCAGGCCAGUGAAGGGGCAGGUUCUGGGGGCCAGGCAUGGCUGUCUGGAUGCCAGUGCCUCCUCAGAUGGGUGGCUGAAGAGCAGAUGACCAGAGUGGACCCUUGCCGGCUGCCUGAGGCAGUUGCUUCCAGAAGUGGGCGAGUUCCAGGGAAGCUUCAGGUGGUGGGUGCCCUGCUGGACCCCCUCUUGUGCCUCCUUAGAGGGCACCCUUGCAUGCUGGAAGUUUCCACUGGACCCCGAAGCCCCAAGGAUGCUCUGAGCUGCAGUUCCCUGGGGGCGUCCAGGGGAUGCAGCUGGGCACUCUGAGGCUCCAGUCUCCAUCUGGUGGGCUGGGAAGCCACCCAGCUUCAGUGCACAGGAGACAGUGGCCCUCGUCUGUCCCUGUGGUCCAUGGCUAUCUCCUGCAUGCAGGGCAUGUACAGGUGGACCGUUCCUUCAUGUAUUCGUUUGGUCAUUUCUUAUCUGCUGGACCCAUGCCCCAAGGCACCUGUUGCGUGGGGUUCUUGCUUGCAUCAUGAACACAGGGUGACGGUCAAGGUGGAGGGUGGCACCCUCCUUUCUCCCAGCAGCAGGCUCCUUAUUCCCUGUCUGCCCUGGGCUCUGGCCACAGGAGCAGCAGGAACUGAUGAGAAGCAGGAGCCUGGAUGAUUUUGUGGGAGAUUUUUAGGCAGCUGAUUUUGUGUCUUUUUUCCUCCAGCUAUUCAUCAAGAUCAUGAGGCUGGGCACGGUGGCUCACACCUGUAAUCCCAGCACUUUAGGAGGCCGAGGCAGGAGGAUCAUUUGAGCUCAAGAGUUCCAGGCCAACCUGGGCAACCCAGGGAGACCCUAUUUCUACAAAAAAUAUGAAAAUUAGCUGGUUGUGGUGGUGCACACCUGUGGUCCCAGCUACUCAGGAGGCUGAGGUGGGAGGAUUGGUUGAGGCCACAAGUUUGAGGCUGCAGUGAGCUGUGAUGGCACCACUGCACUCCAGCCUAGGCAACACUGAGACCCUGUCUGAAAAAGAAGAAAAAAAUUACGAAGGAGCUAUAAAAUAGGGAACCACAGAAUGGGGCCUGGGCCACAGUAUAGUGUAACUGAGCCACCAGGCUGGUCUUGGGCCCUUGAGCAUGAUGACAGAUUCAGUCUGAGCCAGGAUGGGCUGCAGAAGACCUUGGGGAUGGGGAGAUCCUGUUUGGUUCUGUCUCUUCCUCCCCAUGUCAUGGGUCUUGUGGCCACUGCAUGUGUCUGCCAUCAUCUUGGGGUCCCUGCUAGGAUUCCAGCUCCUCUGUGUCCUGGGCGGCUUUCCCCUGCGUGUCCGUGGCCAAUCUGUUCUCUGCUCCCAGGGCACUGUUUCACGUCCACGUGUCCAUGCUUUAAUUCCUAGUUUCCUCCAUAGUUGGAGUGUGUCCUUGCUGAGUGUCCCAAGGUGUCUCCAGAGGGCCUCAUGGUCUUUGUGUCCUCUCCAGCCCUACAAGCCAGGUUCAUAGAAAGUAUGAGGCCUGAGGACACCUCAGAAGGGGCCACACCGUGAUGCUAACGGGCUGGACCGUGGGAAGCCGCAGUGCACACCUUGUACUCAGCACACCCCAGGAGUGGCCCGUGUUCAGAUGGCUUCCCUGUCUUCUCUGUGUUGUCCAUGUCCUGUCUCUUCUGUGGGCUCAGAGGGUGUGAUUGUGGCCAUCUCUUUCUGAUACCCCAGCCCUGCUGGCCAAGUUCACAGAGGGUCUGAGGAAUGAAGAGGCUGUGGAAGGGGCCACAGCCAUGUUGUGGUGUGAACUGAGCAAAGUGGCCCCUGUGGAGUGAAGGAAGGGGCCCAAGAACCUCAGAGAUGGGGACAGAUACAUCCUGAGGCAGGAGGGGACCAGGUGUGAGCUGCAAAUCUGUGGCCUGGCCAUGGCGGAUGCCGGGGAGUACUUGUGUGUGUGUGGGCAGGAGAGGACCUCAGCCACGCUCACCAUCAGGGGUAAAGAUCAUGUGUGGCCUUGUGGACCCGUGGCUUGGUAUCUACAUGUCACCAUGUCAUUCUCAUCUUCCAAUGUGGCACAGCCCCUGUGGCAAUCCUGGGGUUGUCUCUUCUCCAAGUGAGGUCCUCCGGUUGUCUCCCACCUACCCUUCUUGUCCAGGGGGUGUCCUCAUGCUCAUGCUGAUCCCUUUGUGUUCUCUGUUCUUCCCAGGCCAUUUGCUUCCUCCUCAUGUGAAUGUUUAUUUGCUUCUUCACGUGUGGUCCUUUGGUGGUUUGUGUGGCUCCUUGUGGGUGUCCAUGUCCCGUCCACAGAGUCUUCCAGACAGUCUGAUGAUCUCAGCGACUGCUUGGUCCUUCCCAGCUCUGCCUGCCAGGUUCAUAGAAGAUGUGAAAAACCAGGAGGCCAGAGAAGGGACCACAGUCAUGCUGCAGUGUGAGCUGAACAAUGCAGCCCCUGUGGAGUGGAGGAAGGGGUUUGAGACCCUGAGAGAUGGGGACAGAUACAGCCUGAGGCAGGAUGGGACCAAAUGUGAACUGCAGAUUCGUGGCCUGUCCAUGGUAGACACUGGGGAGUACUCGUGUGUGUGUGGGCAGGAGAGGACCUCGGCCAUGCUCACUGUCAGGGGUAAAGGCCACAUGUGGCCAAGGAGAGCCAUAUUCUGGUGUCCAUGUAUUGAUGUCAUGCCGUCUGUCUGUACUCACACCAUGUGCUCUCCCUGCAUCUGCACCACCCUGUUCCCAUCACUCUGCAGGGUCUCCUCCAGCCUCCAGAGCUGUUGUGGGAACCAGGAGAAACCAGCCUUGCAGCCAGCUUCCACCCCAUGUGCCUACAAGGAUGGGCUCCAUCAUGUUGUCCUGUUGGCUUCUGUACCUUGCCCUUCACGCUGUCCUGUCCUUCCCCCCAGAGUGCUCCAGAGGCUCUCAUGGUCCUUGUGUGUGUCUGACAUACUCUGGCUCUGGCAGCCGGAGUUACAUAAAGUGUGAGGACUCAGGAGGCCAUGGAAGGAGUCACAGCUACAGUGCUGACAUGCUGGAGCAUGGGAAGCCCCAGUCCACAGCCUGUGCUCAGCACACCCCACAUGUGGCCUGUGUCCAAAUGGGUUCUGUGUCUUCUCUUUGCCAUCCAUGUUCUGUAUCUUCCAUGUGCUCAGAGAGCAAGAUUGUGUUCAUAUAUUCUGAUCCUC